UCAAUUCGUUUGGCAAGAAUGCGGCGCAGCCCCGAGUGGUGGCGCUGUCACAGGAUCAGGUCCAAGGUAACUGCGAACAUACGAUUUCCUCAGCAUCACAAACGAUUUUGCUUCCUUCGGUUCAGUUUCAGUUGCGGAAGAGCGCGAUCACGGUUAUAAAUACACUCGAAUCCUAGAUGGAGUGAGUGCCUGAAUGGAUCGAAGGCUCAGAGAGCUAUGAACAAAGCCUCAUUCAUUUGUGGAGUAUUGCAGACAGGAAACAGCUUUUAAAUUGCGUUGGAUUUGUGGAGUUGUGCUGUCGAAAGAUAAUUAAAUGAGCAAACGAUAGUUUUGUUGCAAUGAAUUAAAGUGGAAUAAUUAAAGAUUGCACGCGAAGGAAUAAGUGACAGGUGGAAAAUUUAUUUGCGUGUAUAAUUUUGUUCGAAGCAAAAAACUGUUUUCAAAUUUAGAAGUCUGCCUUUGGAUUAAUAGAAGCGUUUGUCUAUAUAAAAAAUAUUAAUUUUUUUUAAAGAAAAUUUGUUGAAGAAGCAAUCUUCUUGGAUAAAAUUAUUUUUUCAUGUCGGAGAGUUGGUGCAUCAAAUGUGAAUUCGAAGAUGACUUAAAAUUCUGCAAGAAGCAUAUUCUUGGAAAAUAGCCUUAAAUCUGAAGAGUGGUACAACUAGGAUUACUUUGGACACUUGUUGAUUCCAGAAGCGGCAGUUACAAAUAGUGCCAACAUUGCUUAAAAUAUUUUGUAUUUUCCAACUUUUCCUUCAAUUUCAUUUUUGGAAUUUUCAUUUAAGCGCAGAAUAACAAAGUUAAAAGACAAGCAAAUGAAUGUAACGUUAUUGAAACUUGUGCGCGACAUAUAGCAUGUGUUCUUUAUUUGUAUGCACUUGAUAAAAAUCUACAUCCUGGUGUGCAUUUUCAGACAGUGCUUCCCAUAGUGAUUGAAAUCUGUGUUAUUGUCUUUUUCGUCGAAUAUAACUUAUUUUUUUGAAAGAAACUAGAUAUCGAGCUCUAGAAAAUAUUGCAUUUACUUGUAAAUAUGAUGCAAUUUAAGUGCAAAAAGUAAGUAUUCCGUAAGAUAUAUAAACUAUAAUUUGUUAAUAUUUUUAUAAUAAAUCCUUCUUAAACUCAAAGUGUUAUGAAAAAUACAUGAAUAGUUCAUUCAAAUUUGCUGUAAUAGCAGCAAUUAUGUAUUACGGUUGAUUUAACGUGAUAUGUAAAUAUAAAUCAAAAGGAAAAGAAAGGGAAAAGUACUUUUCAAAAUAUAGUAUUUUUUCAAAAAAAUAUUAUAAGCACAAAUAACUGCUGCAAUCACUUACUAAUUAUCUAUUAGUUCUCUAUAUGUAAACAUUUUUCGAGUAUUAACUGUGCCAAAAAAUACAGUAUUUUAUCUAUUUGUUCAAUUAUUUAACUUUUUUAUUGUUAGAAAAAGCAUAGUGAAUAGGCGUAUAGUUUGAAUAACAUAUCUGUAGUUUUUGAAUCAGAUAUCAAAUAAUAUAUACUUAUAUGUCAAGCACAAAGAAGUUCAUUUGAAAACCAAGCACUUGAAGAUUCUCCAAAGAUUUUGUAACAGUCCGCUUUCAUUAGUGGGUUACCAUCUGCCUUAACCUCAACAAUGGCCACACAAUCUCCCAAGCUAAACAGUGAUGAUCAACAAGGAUUUGCCUCUGCAGAUUCCCCAACCAUUGAAGCUGAAACCUCCCUUACCUCGGAGAUCUGUGGAUUCUGCAGCUUGCCGAAGAGACCGGAAAAACUGCGUUUGGGGGUUGACAUGUCCAACUUGUGCAAGUGCCCCAGUGCCUCCGACUCGAAUGACCCUAGCAUUCGAUUGGGGACCGUCCCUUCCAGUGCUUUCAGGAGGUCACCCUCGCCUCGGCCUUCACUGAUACCACCCCCGGAUCGAGUCAGUGGUCUUCUGGGACAGUCCUCGGAUGGCGGGAAAUUAGAAAUAGUCAGUAUUCGCGAAAAGCAUGGUCAGUUUCGAAAGGCCAUACCGCACAUGCCCUUCGCAUUAGCUGUGGUGUUGUGCUUAAUGAAUGUCCUGCUGCCUGGAACGGGGACUCUCAUCAGCGCCUUCACCGUGUUCUGCGGAUGCAGCACCGAACACCCGGACAAGCGUCAGUCUCUCCUUUACAACCUGCUCGCUGCUCUUCUACAGCUGCUGCUCUGCCCCAUUGUCGUCGGCUGGAUAUGGAGUGUCCUAUGGGGCAUCACUUUCGUCAACAUCAGUGUUUCAAAAGCAGUCGAUGAAUCGAACGGAGGUGCCAUGGUGUAGCUGCCGUGGAUUUCUUUGCAAGCACCGUGAAGCAACUAUGGAGUAGCCAACAAACUCACCGAAAGCCAAACAGCAAAGACAGGAUAUAAAACAGCAACAACAUUCUCUUCUUUCGCACAUACUCUACCUUUGGUUUUCUCUUCCUAUAGUACUAUGCAAUUGUCUGAAAUAUAUAGUGAUACAACCUCUACAACUGCCCAAACCUCUUGGUGUACUUACAACAAAGUCUUCUGGCACCUAACUAGCACUUCCAGGUGUGAUGCAAAGUGAUGUUCUCUAGAGCGGGUUCUUCUAUGCUGCCGAACACAAGUAGUGUAGUUCUUUUCUACAGUGUACAUAUUCACGAGAAAUGCCAAAUGCUUUUUAAAGCUGUUAACAGUGCUCUGUAGGAAAGUUAUGUUCUUUAGUUUCGGUUCUGAGUACGAAGAAAAGUCAAAAAUUAUUCGCAGUUUAUUUAUGUGCAUUAAAUAAAGGCUAAGAUUCAAUAAGCAUGCAAAUUCUCGCUAUUGCCUCUUACCUUUGACAUAUUUAGUUGAGCUGCUUAAAUUUUAAUGUCUCAACAAAAAAAAAAAAUGGAACACCUCUGUAACUUUAUUUAUUUAUUAUCGCAUUUUCACAAAUUUGUUGUCGAUGGAAAUUAUUUCAGGGGCAAGUUUGUUGAGGUAGACAAACGGAUUAAUUGAUUUAAUUAACUGCUAUCUCGAAAUUUUUCCAUUACGACUAUCAAUUUUUCUCACUGAAUCGAUUUGCAAUCAUAAAAUCAACCUUUCAACAAAAUUUUACGGAAUUCUGAUGAUAAUUUCGACAGUUAUAAGGUUUUGAAAAAUGACACAAUGUUAAAUGAGUCUUAGGAACUUUCAAUUUUCUCGGGAAUUAUUAAAAAUUUCUCCAAAAUUUUUUCAUUUAUUUAAAAAAAAUUAGCAUAUUUCAUAAAAUUAUGAAAUAAAUGCAGAAAUAAUGCAAAUUUGAUAUUUUUUUAAUAAAUUUUUAAAUAUGAAUGUGGAAAAAAAGUGAAUUUUAACAUAAUAAAAUGUUUGCAUAAGAUCGAAACUGAUAUGUUAAAAUGCCGGAAUUCAAAAAAUUGUCCGCAUAUCUCAAUUAGUUUUCGAAAUAGUCACAAUCAUUAUGAAAUUCCCCAGUCGAUUUGCAACACCCACUUUUUGUGGAACUGUAUAUUAAGCUCAUUUGUAUUUAUAGAUAUACUCUUCAUGAAACCCAAACUUCAACGGCAAUUAUAAUAUCGCAAUUAGUUAAAUAAUAAAUUUAUUUUCAGAUCAGACGAUUUUAAUUUAAUAUGAAUUUUGUUUUGUUUUUAAAAAAUGAAGGGUUUUUUCACUCGGACGAUAUGAAAUUUGAUUUCAGGACAGACUGGCUGCAGAAAUAUUAUUUUUUUUCUCUUAACUGGCACUUACUUAAAAGCUGAGAGUUACUUAAUAUAUGGUUUCCGAUGAGUUGACUCUUUUGGGGCGGAGUUUUCUGAAAACAAAAUUAAGUGUAUCUCAAGAACUACUGUGAAUUUUGGAACGGAAUUUGAUACACUUACAAAAAGGCCUGCUGUAUCGAAUUAUUUAAAAAUAUCAUUCCCGUAAUAAAAAAAUGUCAAGAUAGUAAGUUAAUUAACUCGGUUAAUCAGUUUGUCUACCCCAAAAGACCUGCCCUUUUCGCCAUUUCCAUCGAUGCCAAUUUUGUGAAAAUGCGAUAAUAAAUAACAAAGUUAAGAAUGUUCUUUUUUGUUGUUGGUGGUGAUGAUGACUAUACAUUCUCUAAACUAAAUAGUUUUUAGUUGAGAAAUCAACCACAAAUGUAUCACAUUUGCAAAUCCCGUUUGAAAAUACGGCAUUCGCAUACUGCUUAUUUGAGGUCCAAAUAUAUAAGUGGAAUGGCAUCCAGAUACCAACAAUAAUAUACUAGAACUGCAAAAUCCAUUCUGCAAAAAAGUGUAUAAGCCUGCAGUGAAAGUAGAAAGAUGAAUCUCUGCAACUAUAGAGGUUGUGGUCUAAUGCAAAUUGCGAGUAUGACUGUUCCUGCUUUAUUUUUGGAAUUUUUUAUCAAUAUCGUGUCUUGCAACUAUGCAUAUAUUGACUCUUUCAAAUGGAAAAAGAAAUGAUUCGAUCUGAUCAAGGUUCAGUUACAUUUAAUCACAAUAUUAAAUUUAUACACAUGCACACUAAAUCAGCACAUUAAAUCUAAUUUUCUGGCUAAAUUGUGGAUAAUUUGGCUAAACUGCGGAUAAUUUUUGACUCACCCACGUACUUAAGUAAGGGUCGAAACUGUUAGAAUUUUAUUUAAUAAAUUGAUGUUUUGUUCUAAUUUAUAGUUUUUUAAACAGGGUUAUCUUAUGGAAAGUUAAUUCAAGACAUACUUCAGUUAUCUACAAGAUACCUAAAAUCUAUGGUUGAAAUCUAUUUCAAUGUGCGCCUUUAUAUCGCCAAAGAUGCCAAUAAUGCUACAUCCCCAAAGUAGCAAGAAUAAAAAAGGACAAAAACUCAAUAAAUAAUCAGCAAUAGAGUUGCUAAAAAAAGUGCUUUGUUUACUUGUUCGGGUUGACAUAUUAGUGACAGACUCAAGGGACACAUUAAAGUAGAUUUCAAUCAAGUCUGUGAUGUUUCAAAACAAAUGAAAUAAAAAUCAAAUAUUAAAUGGCACUAAUUUAUUCUGUUAAAAUCCCAUUGACUAACUUAGAUUGCAUGAAUGUUAAGUUGUUUUGUUAAAAUGUAAAGUUUAUUUUUUCAAAUAAUAAUUUGCCAAAUGUGGCAAUUCUCGAAAAUUCAUUUGCAACCCUACAAAAGGAAAAUUGAAAUGUUUCUCAAACGGAACUUCUGUUUUUAGCACUAAGCAAGAUCGCCGCCGACUAGUCUGUAUUUUAACUGUUGGCGAACUUUUCUCGUGCUUGACGAAGAAACCCUUCCGUAAUUUCAAGUCUAAACAAUAAUUGAGAUUAAUGGAGAGUUUAAAUGAUCAUUUUGAACGUGAGUUAGAUAAAAAUUAUAAAAUAAAUGCACAUUGAGAAGAAAUUCCAUUUUCAUGACGAAAAUAACAAAUAUUCAUUAUCUACCAAUUUAAUAUAAAAAAUUCCAUGAUGGUUUGAAGAAGAUUAUAAUACAACUUCUUAAAUACUUAUUAAAACGAGAAUAGUUUGAGUUUUAAAAAUUAUCUUUAAAAAUAUUAUAGUCCGAUUGAUACUUUCAUAUAUUUGAUGCAUUUAAUACAAAUAAAUUCUAAUUCACGAGUUCAGAAUUCAAGGUAUCAAUUCUUAGAAAAAAUAUAAACAAGCCGGAUUUACAUUGGUAUGCAUUACCAGAAUGGUUCGAAUAAAUAUGAAGAUAUUCUAAAAUGUUAAUUUUAUAAUAGAUUAACUAUUUAAUCGUUAUCAAAUAGCUAAUUUCUAAACCUUAAAGACGAGUAUAAAAAAUAUCCUACAUAAUUCAAAGCAUGUUCAAAAAAUAUUCUGCAUAAUUUAAAGAAUGUUCAAAAAAUAUUCUACAUAAUUUAAAGAAUGUUAAAAAAAUACUCGACAUAAUUUAAAGAAUUGUAUUUUAUGCUUUUUGAACCAAUAAAUAUACUGCUCAAAGACUACGAUGUUAAAAAAUUUAUUUAAUCUCCUGACGCUAUUUGUCUUCAAUAAUAUAUUCUUGGGGAACUACCAUUUCAACCCCUCCCCCCCAAAAAAAAAAUCUAUUUUUAUGAGACUAACUAAAGCAACUAAGUUUUAAAAUCUAAGAAUAUGACUAUUUAGAUGAUAUGAAACUGUUUCAUCAAUAACAUCGAAGAAACUCCGCCUAUCAACAGACAUCUUGGAUUUGAUUGGCUUAAAACGAUGCAAUUCGGAGCCUUGAAAUCCAGUUAUUUCUAUUAGAGAAGAGCGGAAUUUCUCUUUUUAAAUUUAAAAUGUUAGUGUCUCAAAAAUUAAAUCUAAGUACGAGUUGAAAUAGUAAUUUCUUUAAGCAGUACGGUCAUUAAUUGAAACAUUUUAAAAUAUAAUUUAUUAUUUCACUUAAAAUAUUUUUUCUGUUUCAGAAUAUAUUAAAAGAACAUCAAUUAAGUUCUUCGAAAAAUUACCCCAAAUUCGCAAUGAGUUACUUCAAUUUCUAUCUUAUGAUCUUGCUGUGCCCAGCUCUAGGAAAAGACAUAGGGCUACAAUUGAAAAUAUUUACAUUAAUUUUCCGUCUGUAAAAAGACCGCGAAUUUCUAUCUCCGUUUGUAAUCUGGUGGAUUAAAUAUUUUUUCAAAUUUAUUUCUAUUCCGGCCUUAGAUAGUUAUGGUGAGCUCAACGCGUGAAAUUUUCUGGAUUUUUUUUAAAUAAUUAAUCAAAAUUGUUAAUUAAAUCAGUCCCCAUAGAAAGGCACGUACAACGUAAAUCCAUUAAAGUUCUUUAUUCCCCCAUAAAUAAUCAAAAUAUUAUUUCACUAUUAAUAAUUAGAUCAUAACAAUAAAUUAAAUAAUUACACUAAAUUUCAUGACUUUACAGCUUUAUGCUCUCGUCUAAACGAGUUUCAAUUAAUUGUAAUCUUUCCCUUAAACUUACAAAUUAUAAUUGCUUUCUAAAUUAUGAUGUGGAGGUGCUCAUGUCACACCGCGGAACUCCGAAACAUCACGACGUUGCCGUUGCCGUUGCCGUUGCCGUUACCGUUACCGUUAAAACAUUUUUCAUGUUAGAAAUGUAUAUUUAUUUCUACCUGUUUAGAAAUUAGCUAUGAGCUAUAAUCCGAGUAUAUAGCCAUUUCAAAAAGUCCGAAUUAAACAAUUAAAACUAACGAAUCGCAGUUUGAACGAAUUAAUCUAAAAAUAAAUAAAAAUAUUGAAUAAAAACUAAACUAAUCCUAGGUUUGAUUAUUAGGCAAUUUUCAUGUUUUUAUAUUCUUUUAAUCAUUACUUUCAUUCUUAUAACAAAUAUUCCUUCAAAAUUAUUUAAAUGAGAAAUAAAUAAUGUUCUUGUGUCCAAUGAUUCAAUUAUAAUAAUUUAUUUUCUAAUGUAAGUAUAUCAAUUACGCUAAAAGCUUCGUUUUAUAAUGUUUUUAUCAUGUUAAUUUUUAUUCUUUAAGUUAAAUAAACUCUUUUAACAAAUCAACUUUUUUUGUGUAUACAAAGCAUUUUGCUGUGCAGAUUGUUAUUAGAUUUGUGUGCUUUUUGUUAAUUGCUUAUUUAUGAUAUGUAACAAAUGCUUAUGGUUAUUUGUAACAUGAACUGGAGUGUGUAUUAUUGAAUAAUUUCUUUUUACAAAUUUGUAUAAACCCGGUGUUUUUCACUAAGCACAUGCACAUAUGAUAUUGUUCUAAGUGUGUACACAAAGUGCGACACCAGUGUAUUUGUGUUUUGUGAAAGCAAUUUAUAAUUUCACUUGAUAAUAAAUAUUUCUUUCACGAAA